AUUCAAAGUGCGAUUUUCUCUGCAUAUAAAAUAAUCAUUUUCUCGUAAUAUUUUGCUUUUCAUGAUAUAAUAACGAAAAAUAAAAGACAUUUGUUAAGUAAAAUUUGAGUAUUCUGUCAAUAUAAAAGUGACAAUUUGUGUCAUAAGGAAAAUAAUUUCAUCUAAAUUCUUAAUAAUUGAGAAUGCAACGCUUUAUUAGAGUAUCCGAAGAUUUCGGAGCGGAAGAACUUGAAGUGCCCAUUGAAUCAGAUGGAACACUCCUUUUGACGACAUUACAAAGUAUCUUCCCAAAUGCUACUGGUUUAAAGUUCAGAAACACCGAGACAAACUGUUACCGUGCAAUAAAAUUGACAAAAAUUGAUACAGAGUUGAAGUUUCACCCGGGUGAUGAUGGUUGGGACUUUGAAAAAAUCAAUUAUCUUUGCGUGUUCCCAAAGAAUUUGGUUGAACCUAAAAUCUCUGAAAAUGCAUCCAAGACUGAAGAAAAUUGCGAAACAUCUGAGAAAAAGAAAUUGCCAGUCAAGACAUUGCCAACUUCAUCAUCAACAACAACUGUAAAUCAACCGAUAACAGUGGAUCUCAUAGUAUUGAAUAUGUCACCACAAACAGGAGAAACUGAAUUGCGAAACUAUUUCGAGCAGAAAUUUGGGCCAUUGCUAAUGGCAGAAGUGAAGAGAGAUCGGAAUUCUGUUUCUUAUCCGAAAAAGUUCAAAGGAUAUGCAUUCAUAACAUUUGCUAAUGCCGAAGUGGCUCGAAAAAUGUGUGGACAAGAUUUUGUUAUCAAAGGAUAUUCCGUUUGUGUAUCAAAAUCGACGCAUGGAAACAAGGAGAAAACAUUGCCGACUACAAAUAAUGUUUUUGGAGGAGUACAAACACCGGCAGGUUUUCAGAAUGAUUGGAGGUAUUCGAGAGAUUCUUGGAGUCCAUACGUUUCAGCUCCAAUGAGCCAGGGAUUAGACACCUCAAGGAAUUCAAACUUCUAUGCGCAUAGCAAUGCUUUGUCACCCAUGCGCAAUCAAAUGCUUCAAAAUAAUCAUCAAUUAAGUAUGUUGACAGUGGCUAUGGGGAAUUUGCUGAACAAUUCAAGAGCUCAGACUGGAUUGCCAGCAAAUAACUUUCAGCAGAACUUUCAACAAAAUUAUCGUGAUCGAGGACAUACUACAGGAACUUUAUGGAAUGCUCGAGUAAACACAGUGUUAAAUGGAAAUGGAGCAAAAACUAAAAAGAAUAAACAGAAGAAGUCAAAAAAUGCGAAAAAUAAAGGAAAGGAUGAAGUUAAAGUUGGUGAAGGCAAUGACGAUCAUGAACAAACUGGAGAAAAUUUAUCAACAAAUAAGAAAAAAAUGCCAUUUAAAUUUAAUCUAAAGAAAUCGAGACAAUAUAAUGUAAUGAGUAAAGAUUUAUAUGUAAUAUCUGUUGUGUGCUUAGAUGGUUCUAACAUAGACUGUACAUUGAGUUCCGAGAGUAAAGGCUCGGAAUGUUUAGAGAAUGUUUGUCAGCGAGCAGGUUUAAGUCAAAAUGAGUUCUUUGGCUUACGAUAUUAUCCGAAAGGAUCAACUGAUGAGUCUGAUAUGCGUUGGGUUGAUUUAGAUCAGCCACUUAAUAGACAACUUGAGAAACAUGCAGCAAAUACAAAGAUUCUCUACCUUCGGAUCAUGUACUAUGUCAUCUCAGGAGUUUCUCUCAUAACAAAUGAAGCAACAAGAAAUUAUUACUUUCUCCAGCUGAAGCAAGACAUCAUUGAAGGUCGGAUAAGUUGUGAUCCUAAACAAGCUGUUAUUCUUGCCAACUACAGCAUGUUAGCUGAAUAUGGAAAUUAUCAAGAUCGUCACAAAUCUGUUGAUUAUCUCAAGUCACUGCUUUCAUUUCCGAAGCAUUUAAUCGAUGCUGGAAUAACAAGAGAAGCUUUAACUGAAGAAGUGAUAAAACAUCAUGACGAAGUUCACGACGUUGCGCAAGCUGCUGCUGAAGAGUUGUACAUUUCACUUUGCCAACAGCUCGAUGGUUAUGGUCAGGAAACAUUUGUAGCACGUAAUGAUGAAGGAGCAGAAGUCAUGUUGGGUAUUUCAGUGUCUGGUGUUAUUGUUGGAAAUUCAGGCGGUCAUAAAUUUUAUCCAUGGAGGGAAAUUCAAAAUGUUGUGAAUCAUCGACGGAAGUUUAACAUCGAAUGUACCGAUCCAACACAGAAUGUCGGCUUUACGUUACUUGAUCCUGAAACUGGGAGAUAUAUUUGGAAGCUUUGUGUUAAUCAACACACAUUCUUCAUGAACUACGAACAAAACCACGCGAGUCAAGUCAACUUGAGCUUGUUUCAAAACAUCCCCGAGAACUUUACUGACAGUCGUGAAGAUUUAAUUUCGUCAGACGAUAAACUUUAUUAUUCAAAUUCUCAUCUUGCACUUCACAACAGUUCAGCAAAUUUAAGCACAGCACUUUUAAAUCCAAAUCAAAUGGAUUCGAGAAUUUCACUGCAAGCAUCGACACUUGACGUUCCACAAAUGAAUCCUGGACUUGGUAGUAGUCAAUGGAACGCAGUUGGAUCGAAUGCUUCGCUUAUAAAUCGCGCUCAAAGUUCAUCGUGCAUUGAUUUGGCGAAUAGCAAUGUCAAUAUUAACAAUAACAUUAAUAAAGAGAGAUUGAAGAGUCUUUUGCCUUCUUAUCGGCCGGCACCGUCAUAUGAAACCGCAAUUCAGCAGAAAUUUCGUGAAUCACAACCGGACGUUGGACAAGCAACAUAUGAGAAUUUUUCACAUCCUCAAAGUCACAUUCAUUACCCUGACGUGACACAUCAUAGUAAUUUGGUAGGGCCGCAUUAUUCAGAUGCUUCUGAUUACGGACUUCCACCUCGAUUUAAAAUGAUGUCCAUCAAUAGACCGCCGCAUUAUCCAGUCAACCGAUUAAGUUCAACAUCAACACCAGAUUUAGCACUUGCAUCUCAUCGCGGACUUUAUUGUCGUGCUUCAGGAUCAUCUCCAGAUUUAGUAUCGUCAAGAACACUUUUGCAUGGUCAUUUCAUACCAUCAAACACGCAUUCAAUUCUUUAUCCAUAUUCGAUAACACAUGGUGGAGCGAAACAACAUCGAUUGCGACAUUCACACAGCUUUUUACCUCAUGCAACGUAUGAAAAUUUGAAUUUUAUUGAUGCAACAAAUCCAAAUAUGUUUCAGAAGCAAAUAUCAGAUAAUUUAAUUUAUCGAACAGCUUCUGUUGCUGUUGCACAACAAAUGGCUGACAUGGAAUAUUAUCUACAUAAGCAACAAAGAAAUAAUCAAAGCUUAAAUGCACUCAACUUGUCGAAUGAGAAUUUUCAACCAAUUUAUGAGAAUUUUCCUUUGCCAGCUUAUGAUGUGAAUGCAAAUGCUUCUUCUUCAUCAUCAGCUGCUGUUGCUGCUGCUUCUGCUGCUACACCAAUUCAACCUCAACCGCGAACUGUUCAAGCAGAACCAAUAACAACAACAACAAGUUCAACACUCGACACGAAUUUAAUGAAUCAAUACAACAAUAGUAACAAUGAAAGCAACAAUCGAUUGAUGCAACAGCAUUAUUUGAUUGUGAAUAAUAACGACAACAACAACAUAUCAAGUUCGACUUCGAAAAUCAAUGUAGUGCAACAAGAGAAAGAAGUUAACGUGCCAACAACGUCGACUUCUGUUAACAAUCUUUACCAUCAAAAUCAUCAACUGAAGCAGCAAAGACAGCAAAUGAAUACAUCGGGAACAUCGUCAAAUUACACAGUGACAACAGCGGAUACGACAGAUUCAGGAAUAAGCACUGGUGGUGGACAUAAGAAGGAGAAAGGAGAAGGAAAGCGAAGCAGAUUUUGGAAUAUUUUAAGUGGUGGGAAUAAGAACAAAACGUCAUCGAGUAAGCAACAGAAAAGUGCGACACUUGGACGUGAGAAAGAUGAAAGUAAGAAGGAGAAGAAGGAAAGAAGUAAAGAAGUUGAGAAUAAUUUACAACAUCGAUGGUCAACGGGACAACCACGUCUUCAACCAUUGCCAGCAAAUAUCAGCAAAGAGAAAUUGUGUCAACUUCUUGAGACGAAAUUGAACGAUUCGAAACUCUUUUUGGAGUUUGAAAGAAUUCCGAAACGAAAGGAGAAUGCGCAAUAUUCGAUUGCAUUGAUGGAUGAGAAUCGCAAUAAGAAUUCUGAUCGAACACUUUUGCCGAUGGAUGAGAAUCGCGUUAAAUUAAUUCCAGCGAGAGAUAAUCGAUUGGGAUAUGUAAAUGCUUCACAUAUUUCGAGCACAAUUGGGCAGAAGCAGAGAUUUUAUAUCGCAGCUCAAUCUCCAGUUGAUUUCGUCACUGCAAAUAUAUUUUGGCAAUGUGUUUGGGAAGCUGACGUUUACCUUUUGAUUCAAUUGUCUGAUGACUUUACUUACGUUCCCACAAAUGACAAAUGUUCUGAGUAUGGUCAAUAUCAAGUUUGGAGAGAAUUCUCACAAGAGACAGACAAAGUAACGACAAGUAAGCUGAGAAUUUACCAUCCACAAAGUCGUCGUUAUCGUUCAGUUUGGCAUUUGUCGUGGUACGAAUUCAACGAACAGAAUUGUCCUUCAAGUCCUUCACAGUUUCUUCAAUUCUUAGAAGAAUUAAAUUCAGUUCGUUUGGCGUCGGUAGCAGAAGUUCCACCAGGUCAUAACAGCAACACACCCGUCAUGAUUCAUUGCAAUGAAGGAGAACGAACCGGCUUAGUGCUUGUCUCGGAUUUACUUCUUUACACUUUAGAUCAUAAUCAGGAUAUCGAUAUUCCUCGUGUGAUUGGCCAAUUACGAGAACAACGAGACAAGAUUAUUCCAUCUCUUGUUCAAUACAAGUUCAUCUACUCACUUUUGAUUCAUUACCUUCGUCAAACUCGCUUGAUUUGAUUCAAAUUAAUUUAAAACUUUCUUAACAUUUGACUAUUUAAUUUAAUUUAAUUUAAUUUAUCAUUUUUAUUUGCAUCUUCAUUUCACUUUUUUAUUUUUCUAAUUUUUUCAUUUCUUUAAAAAUUUUAAGACUUUAAUUUAUCGAUUGAAAGUGAAAGAGAUUAGGAAAAGAAUGUUCAAGUAUUUUGUGCCUUAAUUAUAUUAACAAUAACUUGUAAUUGCAACCGACCAUUAAUGUAUUUCAUCAUAAAAAAGAAUUUUGUAACAAUUCAACGAAUCAACGAAAUUAUUUAAUUAAUUUUCAAUCUUCAAUUUGCUUCUUUCGUGAUUAUAUUUAAAAUUUAAAAGAGGAGAAGAUCUUGAGGAUUGCAAAUUGUUUUUUCUAACAUUUAUUUAACAUUGAUUCAAAUAAAUCGAAAGUAUUCCAAUUCAAUGCUCGAAAAACGAAACAGCAUCCCGUUAUCAUCAUUUAAACCACAUCAACACUCCACACAUUAAAGGUGCUUUAGAGAAGCCUUCGCGAAUGAAUUAAAAACAAAACUUAACAUGUGUCUUAAGUAGCUUUUAUAAGGCGACUUUCUUUUGUAUUUAUCAAUAAAUUAUUUUGACAAAAGAGAAUUUCUUUGUUGUUUUUAUUUCUGAAAUUGUUUUCAAU